AUGGUCAACAUAACAUAUCAGCCGAAAACGAAUUACGAUGCCGUGGACAAGAUUUGGAGUAGUGAAAAGGAGAAAUCCCAAUUCGGAGAGGAUUUGUCCAUAGGUGAACUUAUUUUUCAGGAAAUGGUCCGUCAUCCCAAGAGCAUAGCCCAGAUAUCAGAUUCGGAGAAAACGAUCCUUUUACGGGAGGAUCUAUUAAAUAAUUCUAUUCGCAUCGCAACUUUCAUGCGUAACCUGGAACUAACUCAGAAAGAUAUCGUGGGACUUAUAAGUAGGAACACCACCCACACAUCAGCCGUUGCCUACGCCUGUUUCUUCAAUGGAAUAGCUAUGCACUCUCUAAAUUGUACCUAUUUACCUGAAAUAAUUGAGAAACUCUACCACAACACGAAGCCACGCAUCAUUUUCUGUGACGGUGAUGAGUUCGAAAAAGUGCGAUCCGCUACCGCCAAGUUGGAUGUUCUGAUAGUGACCAUGCGCAAUCAUCCUGCUGGUGCGUUAAGCAUCCAGGAUGUGCUGAGGACGCCAGCGGAAGAGGGAUUCAAGCCAACUCCCUUAAAACAGGGUUCCACCCAAGCGUUGGCUAUACUGAGCACCUCUGGAACCACAGGCACUCCAAAGGCCGUUAUUGUGUCCAAUUGCCGGACCAUUUUAAGUGGCCUUACAAAAUUAACCACCUCAGAUGUUCAGUACGUCUCCAGUUCAAUAGAUUGGGUUUCGAGUGUGUUUUCGGUGGUCUCCUCGGGAGUCUUCAGCACAAAGCGCAUAGUGUCUGAUCAACCUUUUGAUCCUUCAGAAGCUCUCCGCAUUAUUGAACAAUACCAGGUCACAUGGGUUCAACAGGCUCCGGCGCAAGUGGCAGCAAUUUUAAAUUGUAAAGACUUUGAAAAGGCCAACAUGGAGAGCCUACGAUACUAUCAUUAUUCAGGUAGUCGAUGCACUUUGGAAGUGCAAAAGAGACUUCGCAAAAAAUUGGGAAAUGACUUUCUCCGAUUUUGCUAUGGUGCUUCAGAACUGGCAUCCCUUUUCUCCGUCAACUGGCACUACGAUGCGAAGCCCAAUUCGGUGGGUCGUCCGAGUCCUGGCUUCAAGCUGAAGAUACUCAACGACCAAGGUGAGAAACUGGGUCCCAAUGAGGAGGGCGAGGUGUGCAUUAACAAAGGUAGCAUUUGGCCUGGAUAUUACGGAUACGCUGAAGCUACGGAAGCAGUUUACAAGGACAACUGGUACCACAGUGGCGACCUUGGUUACAUAGACGAAGAUGGCUUUUUGUUCAUCGUGGACCGAAAGAAGGACCUGCUCAAGUACCAGAGCAACAAGUACUAUCCUAAUGAGCUUGAGGAACUGAUCUCCCAAAUGCCCGGAGUUGUCGAAGCCUGUGUCUUUGGCAUUUGGAAUGUGGAAAAUGGAGACGAGGCAGCAGCUCUUAUCACCAAGAAACCAGAUGUUCAGUUCAGCGAACAGGACGUAAUCGAAUUUGUAGAGCAGAAUGCUAGUACCAAGUUCCUGAGAUUACACGCUGGCUGUUUGAUUGUUAACGAUCUGAAGCAAAGUCCCAAUGGGAAGACAAAUCGUGCUGCCAACAAGGAAUACUUUAUUCGGGAGAAGGGCAUUCAAAUAAUGAAAUAG